AAAGAGCUGUACCCAGCUGUCUGUCUAUGAAGAGUGAUCAAUCAAUGGGUACUCCAUUCAACUUCAGAGGAGAGUUCACAGGUGAUCAAAGGGUCCAGGUUGAAAGAGCAGGGUCACCUGUACCCAGCUGUCUGUCUAUGAAGAGUGAUCAAUCAAUGGGUACUCCAUUCAACUUCAGAGGAGAGCUCCAAGGUGAUCAAAGUUUUGUUCACAGAGUCCUGCAGUCACUGGAGUCCAGCUCUUUAGAAGAGAAGAGUUCAGAGAAAUUAUCUCCCCCAAAACAGCACACCUCUUCUUGUGUUUAUUUCAAGGAUCUCACUGACUCACUGGAGAGAGAGCAGCACAAUGAAUCCAUUAAAAGAGCCCAGCAGGAACUGAAAACCCAUCUGAAGAAGAAGUGUGAAUACAUAUUUGAAGGUUUAGCAGUGCAGGGCCUCACAACUCUCCUCAAUGAGAUCUAUACAGAGCUCUACAUCACAGAGGGGGGAAGUGGGGGGGUCAAUAAUGAGCACAAGGUCAGACAGAUUGAGACAGCAUCCAAGAGACAAACCACCCAGGGGACUCCAAUCCUCUGCAAUGACAUCUUUAAGCCUUUACCUGGACAAGAGAAACACAUCAGAACUGUGCUUACAAAGGGCAUCGCUGGCAUUGGGAAAACCGUCUCUGUGCAGAAGUUUAUUCUGGACUGGGCAGACGGAAAAGCCAAUCAGGAUGUUGAUUUCAUCUUUGCUCUUCCUUUCCGAGAUCUGAAUCUGAAGAAGGAAGGAGCAUUCAGUCUGAUGCAACUUCUACAACACUACUUUCCAGAACUGAAAGAGAUCAAAAGUGUUGAAGGUGAUGAAGUCAAAGUUGUGUUUAUCUUUGAUGGUCUGGAUGAAUGUCGACUUCCUCUACAUUUCCAAAGCAAUGAGAUCUGCUGUGAUAUAACAGAGUCAUCAUCAGUGGAUGUGCUGCUGACCAACCUCAUUAAGGGGAAUCUGCUUCCCUCUGCUCUCAUCUGGAUCACCUCCCGACCUGCAGCAGCCAAUCAGAUCCCUCCUGAGUGCAUCCACCAGGUGACAGAGGUACGAGGGUUCAAUUACCCAGAGAAGAAGGAGUACUUCAGAAAGAGAAUCAGAGAUCAGAAGCAGGCCAGCAGAAUCAUCUCACACAUCCAGUCAUCCCGGAGUCUCUACAUCAUGUGUCACAUACCAGUCUUCUGCUGGAUUUCUGCUACUGUUCUGGAGACAAUGUUGGGUAAAGUAGAGACUGGAGAUCUGCCCAAAACUCUGACUGAAAUGUACACACACUUCCUGCUCAUUCAGAUUAAUGUGAAGAAUCUGAAGUAUUGUGGCUCCGAAGAAACAAACCCAAAGAUGUCAGCAUCAGAUACAGAAAUCAUCCUGAAACUGGGGCAGCUGGCUUUUGUACAGCUGGAAAAGGGCAAUCUGAUAUUCUAUAAAGAGGACCUGAGAGACAGUGGCAUUGGUGUCAGUGAAGCUUCAGUGUACUCUGGGGUGUGCACAGAGAUCUUUAAAGAGGAGCGUGGGUUGGGUCAGGAGAAGGUCUACUGCUUUGUGCAUCUGAGCAUUCAGGAGUAUCUGGCCGCCUUGUUUGUGUUUCAUUCAUGUGUAAAUGAGAACAUAAAUGUGCUCAGAGCAGAUGAAUCAAAACCUCACAGUGUCAGAGUGCAGCUGUCUGAGUUACACUGGAGUGCAUUGGAUCAGGACUUAAAGAGUGAGAACACAUACCUGCACCAGCUGUCUGAGUUACACUGGAGUGCAGUGGAUCAGGCCUUAGAGAGUAAGAAUGGACACCUGGACCUUUUCCUCCGAUUCCUUCUCGGCCUUUCUCUGGACUCCAUUCAGCCGCUCUUAGGAGGACUACUGAAGACAGGAAGCAGAUCAGGGAGCAUCAAGAAAACAGUCUGGUUCAUUAAGAAGCAGAUCAAAGACGAAUCUUCAGCAGAGAGGACCAUCAAUCUGUUCCACUGUCUGAAUGAACUGAAUGACAACUCUGCAGUGGAGGAAAUCCAGAAUUCCCUGAGAUCAGGAAAACUUUCUGAUAAAGAGCUGCAACCCCACCAAUGUUCAGCUCUGGCCUUUGUGUUACUGAUGUCAGAGACGAUCCUGGAUGAGUUUGACUUGAAGACCUACAACCCAUCAGAAGCAGGUCGUCACAGACUGGUACCAGUAGUCAGGAACUGCAGGAAGGCCAAACUGAACAGCUGUGACCUAAGUGAGGAGUCAUGUGAAAUAUUGGCCUCAGCUCUCCAGUCAUCAAACUCACCCCUGAGAGAUCUGGACCUCAGCAGAAAUAACCUGGGAGAUGCAGGAGAUACAGGAGUGAGAGCGCUCUCUGCUGGACUGGAGGACCCACACUGUAAACUGCAGAGACUGGGGCUGUCAGGCUGUAGAGUCACACAGAGAGGCUGUGAUUCUCUGGCUUCAGCUCUGUGUUCAAACCCCUCACACCUGAGAGAGCUGGACCUGAGAUACAAUCACCCAGGAGACUCAGGAGUGAGAGUGCUGUCUGCUGCUAAACUGGACACACUCACACUUCUUGUGGAACAUGGAGGAGAGAACAGGAUCAAACCAGGACCCAGGAAAUACAGCUGUCGGCUCACACUGGAUCCAAACACACCGCACAGAGCGCUGUCUCUGUCUGAGGGGAAUAGGAAGGUGACACACACAUGGGGGAGAGAGGAGCCAUAUCCUGAUCAUCCAGAGAGAUUUGAGUCUGUGGCCCAGGUUCUGUGCAGAGAGAGUUUGUGUGAGCGCUGUUAUUGGGAGGCUGAGUACAGUGUGUCUGAGGGGUUUAUAUAACAGUGACAUAUAAAGGAAUCAGCAGGAAAGGAGGGGGUGAGGACUGUGUUUUUGGAGGGAAUAAAAACUCUUGGAGUCUGGAGUGCUAUAAACGCAGUUACUCUGUCUAUCACAAUAAUAACCUCACAGACCUACCUGCCCGCCCCUCCCCCUACCACAGAGCAGGAGUGUGUGAUGAUGGUGCUGGUGCAGGAGUGUGUGUGUACAGGGUAGGAGUGUGUGUGGACUGUCCGGAUGGCACUCUGUCCUUCUACAGCGUCUCUGACUCUGACACACUGACCCUCCUGCACACACUCCACACACACUUCACUCAACACUCACCCCUCUGUGCUGGGUUUUAUGUGUGGGAGGGCUGCUCAGUUUCCCUCUGCCAACUGGAGUAGAGACACACACACACACUUACACACACACACACACACAUUACACACACACACUCGCACACACAUACAUAACACACACACACAUAAAACACACACAUACACACACACAGACCCCUCCACCCCACACAUACACACACUCUCUCACACCCCUCCACCCCACACAUACACACACCCACACCCCUCUACCCCACAGACACACAUAACACACACACACACACACACCCCUCCAACCAAUGCAUACACACACACACACACAGACACAUUUAUUUUUGUAUAUUUUAAUAAAAUCAUAUUGUAUAUAGUCAUGAUGUGUUUAUAUACAUUAGGAGUCUAACAUUAAGAGAGUGAUUCUGUUGAAAGAUGGUAAAAGGCUUUUGAGGUAAUAAUUCUCCUGCACCUGCAUCUUUGUAUAAAAGUUCACUGCAUUUUACUAGUUUGUACAGUUUAUUUGAUUCAUUUUCACAAGAGUUCCAGUGUGCAAAGUUGUGUGGGUGAAUUCAGCUCAAAGGGAGAAUGCAGAAUGAUCACUGCAGUGUACUUAUUUCCUUUCAUUAACAGUAAUGUAUUGAGUUUCCUUAUUUACUGUGUCAUGAUUGCUUUGUUUGAACCUGUUCCUGUAAAAUGUGUAUGUGAUU